AUGCAUGGCAUUGUCAUGUUUCAUAGUGAAGAAAGUGUUAAUGAUGUGAUGUCACGACGUUACCAUGAAAUAGAUGGCAAAGAAGUUUUUAUUCAUCGAUCGGUUCCAAAUCAAGGAUCACUGAAAGAUAAUCAAGCAAUUCAACAAUUGAUUGUUUCCAGUCAAAAAAAUCAAUCAUUGGUCGAAUCAGAUUUCAACAGCUACUUUUCUAAAUAUGGUAAAAUAUGUAAUAUUAGUCAUAUGAAAAAUGAAGACAAUACAUGGGUCAUUCAUUUUGAUUAUUAUGAUUCAGUCGACCGAGUUCUUUUGCAUUCUCCACAUUGUAUUGAAGGAAUCGAUGUUAAUGUUAAGAAAGAUAAUCGAAAUUACUUUCGUAGAAGUUCGUCUACAGCAGAACCGACACCAACGACUGAUAAGAAUAACACUGAAGUAGGACCAAAGAAAUCCAAUUUGAAACAAGUGAUCAUAAAUGAGCAAGUAUCAUGUCUUAGUCUACCUGCAAAAAAAUAUCGCAUUCAUAUUACAAAUUUACCGGCGAAUAUAGAUGCUGAAACAUUAUCACAAGAAUUUGAUUGGGAUAUUUAUGAUAUUGUUAUGGAUUCGUCCAUCAAUGAUCGAGCAUUAUCAACACAGUCAGGAACGGACGAAGCAUCCGAGGGUCAAUCAUUCNUGAAUACAAUUCAAUUUCCGAUUGAUUAUGUAAUUGAAGAUUUUGAAUCAAAUGUUCUAUUUGUUGGUUUAAUGGAUGAAUACUUGAACGAACAUAACCGUCAAUAA